ACGACAUCAUCAACACUCAACACAAAAAAAAAAAAAAAAUGAACUCCAAAUCAUUUCCUUCUACCGCUCAAUCGCUCUUAACCCCAUCAAACAAACAACAACUUAUCUCAUCUCCUCUUCAUUAUCCUCAUCUUUCAUUCCCUUUCAACAAAACCCAUAGUAAUUAUAAUAAGAAUAAUAUAUCUAUAUAUACUAAUACUAAUAUUCGUACAUACAGAAUAUCCACUAAAGCAUCAGCAACCACAGCAAACAGCAAUGUUUGCAUAGAAUCUUUGCCACAAAAUGAAACAUUAUAUGACUUACUUGGUAUUACUGAAUCUGGAACAUUAUCUGAUAUCAAACAAGCUUAUAAAAAAAUGGCACUAAAAUACCAUCCUGACGUGUCACCUCCUGAUAGGGCCGAAGAGUAUACUGUCAAGUUUAUUCGGGUACAAGAAGCUUAUGAAACUUUAUCCGACCCGGAAGCUAGAUUUAUGUACGAUAAUUCUAUGAAGGGAUUGCACAUGGCUUUUUCGGGUAAGAAACGUACCCGGUUUGGCCCGAGGUCCGAAGAUAAGAAGGCGUGGAAGGAGACGUGGUCGGAACAAAUAUCAGAGUUGACCCGACGGAGCAAGGUGAACCCGGAAAGGGGGAUGUCAUGGGCAGCCCGGAUCCGGAAGCAACGAAAUGCAUCAUCUAGUGUUUAUAACGGGUCGGGUUAAGGCCUUAUUCGUUGGAUAACUUAAUAACUUAUGUAUAUUAUAUAACUUAAUAACUUUUGUUUAUCUAUAACUUUAGUAACUUUCUGUUCAGGAACUAAUAUUUGUACCACAACAUCUGGUAUAUUUACCACACACAUGUUCAGUAUGUUAUAAAAGUUAUAUAGUGUGGUACAUAAA